GACAAAGCCCUUGGCUAGGCUCUCACAGCGAGGGAGGCCCUCGACGGGGCUGCGCCCCUCGCUCCCCAGACGAGUCCAUCCCCACCCGUACCUUUCAAGUUUCUCAUGAGCAAGGAAGUUGGUGGCCGCCCACGUUGUCUAUGGGACACGCCAUCCUCUGGCAUGGAAUCUAUGAACCGCUUCACCAUGAGUAUCUGCAGUUAUUCUGACGACGACCAAACGGAUCAUUCGUCAGAAAGCACAUCAGGAAACGGGACCUACUCUGAUGAUGAAGACGAUGCCAGCACCCGUAUCAUCGUCCGAGAGAAUCCGGGGAGAGAGAGACAACGGGUGGUUAUAGAUGACGCCGAUUCUCGGCAACCCCCGCCCUCUCACCACACCCCCAAUUGGCAAACGCCGCCAAAUACAGGCUUUCAGAGACAUCAUAUACCUUCAAACUAUCCAUGGAAUGGCCACUAUGUUCAAAACCCGGCUGUCCGGGGACCCCCGGUACCGGUACACCAACAUCGGGGAAACUUCUGGGAGCAAUUCGAGCAUUUCGAGACUGGCGCCGAACGGCAACCGGGGAAGUCACUCGUCCCAACGCGAACUCCAUGUAUCCCGGAUACAGGGGAACCGUCAUAUCCGAACCCCAAAAGGCUCGAAGGCCCGGUCGCCAACCCUACUGAUCCUAUCGCCACCAUGGGCGCGGGUCACGGUGCCAAAACAGACCUUCAGCCUCCUCGGCCGACGUACUUUCCGUACCCCAAACCAGUAGCGCCUGAGAAACCUGGCGCCCGAACGCACCUGCCGGACAAGGGCCCUCUAAGAGAGCCUCUCAAAAAAGCAGAGGCCCCCGAUGCUACCACGCGAGUCGACCUUGUCCAUGAUCCCUCUCGGGCAAACAAGGACAUGUCGAUCCGCAUUGCGCUGGAUGCUGAGGAGGAUUGGGAGGAUGACCUGGAAGAAUUCUGCCGCCUCAGAAGGCUAGGCCUGAUCAAAGAAGCAAAGGAACAGUUCUGGUCAGCAUUGGCACAUGUCAACACCAUGCCCUAUAUCCGGGUCCAGUAUGCCGAGAUGCUCCAGGCAUCCGGGGACUUCAAGGGUUUCCAGAAGCUCGACUUCCUCCCCGAAUUUCCCCCAAGCCCAUCAGAGGAGACCCCCGAUGACCGUAGUCGGGGAAAGUUGGUCGCCAACCAUGCGCUCCUAGAUCUGCUCUCACAGCGGCCCAUCGAGCAUUACCUCACUCAUGCAUGGGGGGUUAUACGUCAUACGCUAAAGGCUCUCGCCGGCGAAUCAACGGUCGGCUCUACAGAGAUUCAACUCAUUGUUUUGUGCCUCCGCGUCCUAGACUACCUAAAGACCUGCACACAUGAGACGGUCGUGGGGCCGGCCAUAGUUUACGCAAACCGGUUAUUCAACUGGCGGCAGCUCUACCACGAUCUUGUCGGUGAAAGUUGCGUCUGGGAUUUCAAGGAUCUCUUCUAUGCGUCAGUCUCGGUCUUUGGCUGGCAAGAGGCCCUGGUGCAGUUUUUCGGUACCACCCAUUUCCCCCGCGCCCUGGACUCUAUUGUCCAAGAUUGGACCCGUCCCUUUUACGAUGAAGCAUCGGUCAUGGGCCUUCUCGACCUGUUCAGUUCGUUGAUCCUCCAGGACCACGGCAGCAGCAUGAAAGCUCGGAACACGCUUUUGCUCCAUCAUGCUAGGACUAUGGCAGAAUCUGCGGAACGCAAUGACCCAGAGCUUAUGAAGACUAAGCCCUUCGUUCAGUGGCUGCUGGCUAAGUCUGUCGUCGACUUGGAAAAUCCGCCCGAACGUCCGGACGGAGUACGUAUGGAACACUUCAGCGGACUGGGGCUCAAUCAGGGCGGCGGGGUUCAUUUGCCGAUAUACGUCCCAAGUCGGCACUCCAGGAAACCCGACUGGGAUAUGUUUUUCUCACGAUCCACGCCCGCGCAACGACGUGUUGUCGAGGUCGCCGUCAGAGCGGCGGAACAACUUGGCGAUUACAACUUGCAGGCUGAGGCCUUGAAACUUCUCAUCCUUCAGUCUCAGGACCCAAAACAGUGGAUGACUGCGCUUGCGCAUCUACAAUUAGAAACCCAAGGAGACAAGGAGGGCUACCUUGCAACAUGUUUGUCCAGGUACUUGGUUGCCACCGAUCCAGCGGAGGAAACAACCCUUCUCAAAGACCUCGAAAGGCACGGCGGGUCAGGGGAUGCCCUAUACUUUGAGCAGUGCGAGAACGCAUCCUUGACCUGGGCUUGGAGCAUGGUCCGGGUACUGCUCACGACAGCGCACGGCGAUGAUGGUUCGGUCGCAACUGGUGAAACGGAGCCCUCGCCAUUCCUAGCUCAGGGGUUCAGCCUGGACGGUUCAAAACUGCCUCCCUAUGUUGCAGAAUUCGCUCGCGUAGAACUCGGUAUCUUUGUUACGGAAUCCAUGGGCCCGCUGUCCUUGGCCGAUCUCAAAUCGACGAAUGUGGGCGGCGAAGAGCAAGUCAAGCAUGACCAACACCAGCCCGACGCCGCGCUCCGGGCCCGUUUUGCUCGUACAACGGCCGAACCAGCAAUAGGUGUCCGGCACCCGGUGGAGUACGAACUGCGAGGCCGGGCGGUCAACCCUGCGAACUGGCCCCCUUGGCCGCCGCGCUCUCCGUCACCGCCUCGUCCGCCGCGGCCCCCCCCGACGCGGCCUAACCCCUUGGAUUACUACAACGACCAGCAACCAAACCCACUGGCGAAGGGGGUAACGAAGGACCUUAAAGUGAAUGGCUGGCCAGAGACAUGGUUCAAGGAUGCCAAACAAUACGCGCCGCGCAUGCAGCCGCGUUACGUUGAGGACUUGGACUCGGACGUUGGCAGGCCGCAUCGAAUCAUGACCAUAAACCGGGGUCCGGACGCAGAGCAUCAGAGGCUAGAGAAUAUUAGGAAGUUCGAUGAAAGAGUGAACAACAGGCGGCCGGUAGAGAUACUCAGGAUGGGGCGAAGACAUGGGUCGAGGGAGAGAGAUAUACUGGGGGGGAGGGAUAAGUUGAGGGAGAGGUUUGGAGAGGCGGACGAGAGGGGCGGACGGUUAGGUGAUAAGAAACACCUCAGCAAUACUAGGUUGGACCGUCAGCGGAGGGAGAGGGAGAAAAGUGAGUGGGACCGGGGCCAAGCGACGGUCGACGAUGCCGGGCAGGAACGGAACGGAACCAGAACAACACACAAGACCCCCCAUAAAGGCAUUAGGGGACACAAGAAGCGUGAACCCAGGGACCGCGAAGAGGAGAAGAGCAGUCUCAAAGAAGUUGAUAGUUUGGACGACGGGUAUAGCAGUGGCGGGUCUGAUGGCCCGGAGGACAGACUACAUGUCACGGUGGAGGACGGUGUGACCAAACUUUACUUCCCCAGCGGCCGCCUAGACGGCAACGGCACGACGGUGGUGUUAAACGACCACAAACACUCACGCAAACCUAAUACCUACGUCGUAGGAAAGGGCGGCGACAUUGAUACCACCAUGCCAGACCGAACUCGACGGCGUCUGCGCACUGCUUCUCCCCCCGGCAGAGGCAAACCAGAGAUCGAUGCCAGGGCACGUUCGCCUGGGUUGAGCUGGUCAAGCGAGUCUGCCAUCUGGCAGCGGUGGCCGAAAAGCAAAAGUAAGAAGAAGGGCAAAGUUAAUGAGCCGCGGAAGUCUCCUUUCGCCGCCCAAGUCAAAACCGAAGACGAAGCCGACCGUCAAGAAGCAAGGGAGUACGAGGACACAGAUCCACUCGCGCCAGCGCCGCCUCCACCACCGCCAGCAGAGUCGGAACCGAAACCGGGACCAAAGCCCGCCGACACGGAUGCCAAUGAUCCACAGCCUACCUUAUCCAAGGAAGGAGAAAGGCAGACACCGGCUGCAACGACGAUAACAGCAAUACCGGGCGGUGUAUCAACGACAGCUGCAGCGGCAGCAGGGCCGAAAUCCCCGGCAGAACUGGAGGCGAAGCCAAAAGGGUGGUCGUCGCCGCCGCCAACGAUAGCAUCAACAGAGCCAGCAACAGCACCAGUAGAGUCAGCAACAACUGCAGCAGAGCGACAAGCAGACCCCAGGGACAUAUGGGCCGAUCUAUGGGCGGUCGGCGUCGCUUCCCCCAAGAAACACCAACACACACCGGCUUUGCCAGAACCCAAGCCAAAGCCAGAACAAGCCCCGAGCACCUCGGGCGAUGACAUUUGGGCCUUCACCAAGCCAGCCAAGCGAAAGAACAAGCAGAAGGCGGACGAAUCCCCCAUCCCAAUUCGACCCCCGACAACGGCACCAGGCACUGCAGAUGGCAAGGCCAGCGAAGAACCGGCCCAAGAUCCCAGCGACCAAAACGAGGACGACCCGGCCCCUGCUCCCGAUCCAGAGCGAGGAGCAUCCACAAAACCCGAACAGCAACCAAGCAACAGCCGAGCAGGCGGGGGCACAGUAGCGAAUACGAGUAGAAAAUGGGGCGCGACCUCGGACUGGGCGUGGGAGGACGACCCUACCGCACCUACCGGGCGGGACGUGCCUGCGGCGACGCAAGACGACGAUGCGGCAGAGGACGACGACUGGGCGCGGGAGUGGGGCUGGAAUACCAGUGUGAGUAAGAAGGAGGAGAGGAAGAGGAGGAUGGCGGAGGGGCGGGAGGAGAGGGACAGGGCGGAGGAGAAGAUGCAAGAGGAGUACCGUGAGAAGAUCCGAAAGAGGGUGCGGGAAGAGAUAGAACGGGAUAUACGAGAGGGGACGGUACGGGACACGGAGAGGAUCACGGAGGGUUUCUGGGAGAGACAUCAACAAGGUGUACAAGAGAAGGAGAAGAUGGGAGAGGAGAAGGCUAGCGGUUCGGUCGGGAAGCAGGCGGAGCCUCUUAGUGCGGAGACACUGGUGGGGGAUGUCGGGGAAGGGCAACAACUGGUUGUAGCGUCGAUGGAUAAGGGGGAGAAGCAGAAGAAGCAGAAGAACAAGAAGAAACAGAAGGUGGCGAGGGAGGAUGUGCUGGAGGAGGGGGAGAGGAUGUGGGAGGAGGAGAGGUUGAGCGAGGAGAAGAAAGUUUUGGAGAAUAUGGCGAAAGAAGAGAAGGCUCAAAGUCCGGUUGGGAAGCAGGCGGAGCUUCUUAGUGCGGUGACGCUGGUGGGGGAUGUCGGGGAGGGACAAUAGCUGGUUGUAUCGUCGAGGGAUAGAGAGGAGAAGGCGAAGGCGAUGGAGGAGGAGGAGCAGGGUGGGUCAGAAGGGGGGAAAGCGUUGGUUGUGCGACGGGCUAGGGAAAAGAGAAUACAUAGGCGAGUCAAGGGCGGUGGUAAUUCUAGAGUUUAUACACAGCGUGACGGGAUCCCCCUCACGCCGAAUCCACCAAAGGACGACUUUGAAGAAACAUCAAUUCGCACGGGGAAAACCGUCUAAUGGAAGGGGGCUCCGAACGAUCGGCGAUGGGCGUUGGGAAGGAUGGUGAAGAGAUGCCUCUCAUAAAAUAAGGUUUAAGGCAAUUUCGAAGUGAUAUACCUAU